AUGUCCAGUGAAGAUGUUGAUGUCCACCAGCUACUUUCCGACAUCCAGUCGCUCCGCCGCAAGCUGGCGUCGUCACCGUACAAGACGCCAGCAGGGAGCAUGCCUGGCUCGCCGGUGCCGCUCUCGCGCUCGCUGCGGAUGAGCUCGAUCGGGUCAGGUCCACAGCUGGCGAGCUCAACGAGUGGGCAGGUUGAGGCGCUGCGGGCAGAGCUCUCGGCGUCCGAGUCGGUGCACUCGCAGCAGAUUGCGGCGCUUCAGUCCAAGAUGGAUCAGCUGUCGCGGUCGGUGUCGGCGCGGCCAAGCCCCGCUCCUGUGGCGGCGCCGAUGCGGAUGGCGGCCAGUGCAGCUCCGGUGCGGACAGUACCAAGCACCACGGUGGCACCGGCGGCUGCAACGUACAUCCGCGAAAACACUGAGUACACCCGCAGCUUGCAGGCGCAGCAUCUCAAACUCGAGUCGGAGACGCGCAAACUCGAGCUCCUUGUCUUUGACCAGAAUCUGGAGAUUCAGAAGCUCCGCAACGAGCUCGAGCUCAAGAACAACGCGCUCAAGGAGACCCGGAAGGAGCUGACGUCUGCACAGGCAGCCAUGUCGUCCCACAUGGCCUCGGGCGAGUCGCGGAAUCGCGCAGCCAAGGCCGAGCUCGCGGCCAUGACCAAGAGCCUCGAGACGGCCCGCCACGAUCGCGAGGCGCUGGAAGACGAGGUUCGCACCCUACAGACUGCGCUUGGCCGGUGGGAGGCCGAGACGCAGCGGAUCAUGGAUCAGAACAAGCAGCUGUCCGAAGCCACUGUCCAACUCUCGGACAACAUCCUGGUCGAGAAGGAGGCUGAGCUCUCCAAGCUCCGCUCCGAGAAUGCCAAGCUCCGUGAGGCCGCCGCGGCCGCGGAGGCCGAGUCGGCCGGCCUCUCUGAGGCCAACGAGCUGCUCAAGUCUGCGCUGGCCAAGACUCAGAACUCGAUGAGCGAGGCGCACUCGGCGUCGGCAUCGACGCGGGCGACCAUGGCCUCGCUCCGCGAGCAGCUGGAAGAGUCCAAGGUUCUUCUUGUCCAUGCCGAGAACGAGAAGGCGUCACUCCUCGACGAGCUCCGUGAAAAGUCGCUGGCUCACGCCGAGGCCGUACGCGAGCGGACCCGGAUCCGCAACUCGCUGGCGUCGACCGAAGCCGACAUGCACUCGAUGAGCAUGCAAGUCGAGGCGCUCCGCGAGCAGGUUCUCACCGCACAGAUGGAAGACAGCUCAACGGGCAAGACCAAGGACGAGGCCAUUUUCGAGCUCCGCGGCGAGCUUGCAUCGGCGCAGGCUGCUAUGGUCCAGCUCGAGUCCGAGUAUGCCGGCGAGCUGUCGCAGGCAGUCCAACGCGCAUCCGAGCUAGAGGCCGAACUCGCCGACGCGGUGGCUGCCAAGACCGCCCACGAGCAAACGCUCGCCCGCUACGAAGAGGAGCUGACGGUGGUCGAAAGCCAGGUUCAGGGACUCGAGGCCGAGGUGCGGGCGGCGCACGAGCGCGAGACUGCUGCGCUGGCAUCCAAGGACGACGUUAUCCGGGCCAAGGAUGCGGCGCACGCCAAGGUUGUCGAGCAGUUCAAGGCAUCAGCGGCCGAGCUGGAGGCAAGCCUCGCUGAGGCCCGCGCCGCCAACGACGAGUUCAAAGCCGAGAUCCUGCAGUCGGCUGAGGUCAUUCGCGAUCGCGACGCACAGAUGGAGGAGCUGCGGGCCAUCAUCCAUGCCAAGGAUGCCGAGGUUGCGGAUCGCCUCAACACUGAGCGGGCAAUCAACCAAGAGUUUAUGCUAGUCAAGGAGACGCUGCUUGUGCAAGAGCGUGACAACGACGCGCUUCGCGACGCGCUUCAGCAGGCGCAGCAGCUCGAGUCGUCGCUGCGGAACGAGAUCGAGCUGCGCAAGAACGAGCUGCGCGACGCGCUCGACCAUGUCGAGGCCAUGCACGCCACCGUCGAGGCCCGCGAAGCCGACGUCCGCGCCCUCAAGGAGGUCAACGCCAAGGCGCAGCAGGUCAUUGCCGGCAUGGAGCAGGCGACGGCGUUCAAGGACUCGACGUCCGACUCGAUGCACUCGCAGCUGACGGCGGCCAUGGCCGAGAUCAACGCACUCACCACCGAGCGCCAGUCGAUGGCUGCUUCGCUCGCCGAGGCCAACGACAAGGUUGCCGCCACCGGCGCCCAAGCUUCGCGCGCCAAGCAGGAGGGCGACUCGCUCCGGCUGCAAAUCGACUUUCUGGAGCGCGAGAACGCCAUGCUCAAGGACGAUCUCAACGCGCUGCAGAACUCGUACGAGGGGGUCCAGGGCGAGAUGCGGCGCCUCCUCGACCAGGUCAAGCUCAUGGAUCUGCAGAUGAAGUCGAGGCUCGAGCGCGAGCGCCGCGACGAAGAGUCGGCGCGCAUGCUCGACGGCAACACCUCACGCGACGACCUCGUUGCCAAGGAGAGCUCGGUGACCCAGCUGGCGCACCAGCUCCGCUCGCAGCUGGCCGAGCUCAUGAACGACUCGGCGGCAAGUGUGGCGGGCUCGCCUCCUCGCGCCUCGCCUCGUCGAGCCUCGCCUCCUCGCGCCUCGCCGCUCGCCUCGCCCGAGGCCCGUCAACUCCGCGCCAUUUCAGCAUCCGUCGAGUCCAAGGAGGCGCAGGUCCUUGCACUGCAGCGCGAGCUCGAGAGCACUCGUCGGCUCAUGGCCGAGCGGGCCCGGCGGAACUGACCCAUAUCGGUAAGGCCGCCUUCAAAUGAAAAGUCAU